AUGGUUGGUGUUCUCAUUGCAUCCCUUAAGAACUUUGUGACCAAUGGCCACCUACCAAAUGCUUUCAAAACCUUCAUUCAAAUCCAGCACCAUGCUUCUUCACACCUUCUCCUGCAUCCCAUUAGCUCCCUUCUCUUUGCUUGCGCAAAGUUUGAGUCAUUGUCACAGGGUAAGCAAGUUCAUGGCCAUAUCAUCUCACUGGGUCUUCAUCAAAAUCCUGUCUUGGUUGCAAGGCUUAUUGGUUUUUACACAAAUGUUAAUAUCAUUGGCGAUGCCCAAUUUGUCACUGAGAGCUCCUGUACUUUGGAUCCUUUGCAUUGGAAUAUGCUUAUCUCGUCGUACGUUAAAAAUGGGCUCUGUGGGGAGGCUCUUUCUGUGUAUAAGAAAAUGUUGAGUAAGCAGAUUGAACCGGAUGAAUACACUUAUCCUUCUGUUCUCAAGGCUUGUGGGGAAUCGUUGGAUAUCAAUACUGGGGUGGAGGUUCACAGGUCUAUUGAGGCUAGCUCCAUGAAGUGGUGUUUGUUUGUGCACAAUGCUUUGGUCUCCAUGUAUGGCAGGUUUGGGAAUCUGGAAGUUGCGCGUAACUUGUUUGACAAUAUGCCAGUUAGAGAUACUGUUUCGUGGAACACUAUAAUCAGCUGUUAUGCCUCUAGGGGUAUGUGGGAGGAAGCGUUUCAGCUGUUUGGAAGUAUGCAGGAGGAGGAUGUUGAAAGGAAUGUGAUUAUAUGGAACACCAUUGCCAGAGGGUACUUGCAUUUGGGCAAUUUCGGAAUGGCACUUAAGCUAAUUUCCCAGAUGAGAACAUCCGUUCAUCUGGACGCUGUUGCAUUGGUCAUUGGGUUAAAUGCGUGUUCCCACAUUGGAGCCCUUAAAUUGGGAAAAGAGAUGCACGGUCAUGCGGUGCGAAUUCACUUUGACAUGUUUGAAAAUGUGUAA